AUGUCACAAUCAGAAAAAUGUUAUAAUUGGAUAACGGAAUGUGCAAAAAUUAUAAAUAAUUAUAAUAUCAGAGAAAGGAGAAGAAGAUUAGCGAUAUCGGCAGUUAUUUUUGAUUUGGUAGAAAAAAAGGAUCGACCUUAUACUAGAAAACGGUUUUGGAUUAAUCCAUUGUUUCAAAUGAGAUGCAAACAUGGAUUUGAUAAUGCAAUUUUACCAACAGUUUCACAGCAAAUAAGUACAUUUAGAAAUUACUUUCGUAUGAAUUCAAUUCAACUUGAAGAGUUAUUAUGCAAAGUAGCACCUUUAAUCACAAAACAAGUAUUAAUUCAUCAAGAACCAAUAUCUGCCAGUGAAAGAUUAUGCAUGACAUUAAGGUUUCUUGCUUCUGGAGAUUCAAUGACUUCCAUGAGCUAUCAAUAUCUCUUCGAAUUAACCACAGUUAGCAAUAUUAUUUCAGAAACUUGUGAUGCAUUGUGGUCUGUUCUUUCUAAACAUGUUCUUCCAUAUCCUUUUACAAAAGAGAAAUGGUUAAAUAUUUCUAAAGAAUUUGAAGAGAUAUGGAAUUUCAACCAUUGUAUAGGAGCUAUUGAUGGUAAACAUGUUGUUAUUCAAUGUCCUGAAAAUGCAGGAUCAUCAUAUUUUAAUUAUAAAAACAGUCAUAGUUUUGUUUUGCUUGCUGUUUGUGAUGCAAAAUAUAUUUUUACUUUUGUGGAUAUUGGAGCCUAUGGACGUCGCGGCGAUGGUGGAAUAUUUAGAGACUCCUUUCUUGGCCAAAAAUUCAGAACCAAUGAAAUGAAUGUACCUGAUCCAAAAUCAUUUUAUUUCGAAGGAAACUCUAUGCCUUACGUGCUAGUUGGAGAUGAAGCUUUUCCACUUACUGAGUAUUUAAUGAGGCCUUUCCCAGGGAAACAAGGUUUGAAUCAGGACAAAAUUAUUUACAAUUAUCGUCUUAGUCGAGCAAGGAGUACCAUUGAAAAUGCUUUUGGCAUUUUAUCAAGUCAAUGGAGAAUUUUAAGAAGACCAAUAAAUUGUUCAAUUGAAACAGCAAUGAAAAUUGUACAAACCAUUGUGUGUCUUCAUAAUUAUAUUCGUAUACAAGAUAUUGGAGUCAAUGAAUAUAUCACUGAAAACAUGGUUGAUCGAGAUGGUUGCGAUGGUUUAAUAGAAGGUUCUUGGAGGAGAAAUAUAGACAUUAAUUCUGCUUUUCGAGAUAUAAGAAGGUGUAGUACAAAUAACAGUACUCGGAAAGCUGCAAGAAUUCGAGAGGAUUUUUGUGAAUAUUUUAAUAGCGAGGGAGCGAUACCUUGGCAAUUUCAACACUGCUGAUUAACUAUGG